UGUCUGCAAUGGCGUCUGGGGCUUUUCCCACGAGCGCCCCUCUCUCGCUCUCCUCCCCAGGCCACUAGACGCCGCGCUCCGCAGCGCCGCCUCCGCCUGCCCCAGCCCAACCCUAGCUCCCGCUAGAGCUCAGGGCGAUGGGGUCCUCGUCCUCGCCGUCGCCGCCGCCGCCGCCCAUGAUCGGGAGGGCCGGGAACCUCACCGUCUUCAUCACGCCGCCGUCUCCCGCGAGCACUCCGCGGGGCGCGUCGCGCACCCCGCCACCGCCGCCCGAGUCCCCGCGCUCGGAUUUCUCCACGCCGACCCCGCAGAGGGCGGCCCCGUCGCCCUCCCCUUCGCCCUCCCAGCGGAAGCCCACGAGCCCGGCCGCGGUGGUGUUCACCCCGCCCCCGCCGCCGGCUCCCGUGAAGGUCGCGCCGCCGCCGGUGCAGGUGCCGCCGCCGCAGUACGUGAAGGCGUCCGCGGGGGGCAAGCACGACGGAUCGGCGUUCGGUUUCUUCUGGGACGCCGUCGCUCGCGUCCAGGAAGCGCACGCGAGCCUCGAUGAGUACGUGGCGAACUGGUUCGGGUUGGAUCAGUCCAAGUACCAGUGGGCGCUCAACGACUACUACGAGGCUACCGGCAAGGAAAUGGAUUAUGUAAAAGGUGGCAAGCCGAAGGAGCUUACUACUACUAAAGUGCAAAAGGUCUGAAAGCAACUUCGUUUUGCGUUGAAGAUGUGUAGUUAGCAGCGUAUGUAUGGGGAAGCAUGUACUAUUUGUUGCAUUUUGGUGGGGACCUGAAAGGUGGUCGUCUCUACUGUUGAAAGCGCCCCCCAGGUAGGCGUAUGGUCUGUACUGCGCGCACACCAGGCAUCUGGACUCUGGAGGCCGCAGCUGAAUCAAGGAGGGGGACGACGCCGAAGUCAUUUUGUUCCGCCAUUCAGGAUCUGCUGUAAUCCGAAGGUUAUCUCAAAACAGAAAAUCAGUCGUAUUUGAAAUGGCUAAUAGUAUUUAUAUAAGCUGCCUGUGUUGUUUACCGCCCAA